AGGACGAAUACAUUCAUUUUCACCUGCAGUUUUGUUCAGAGUGAAAGUGUUAUCAUAUAUCAAGGCUAGAAUACAUUGUGAGCAAGGAAGACAUGACUUGCUCCAAGGGCUGCUGUGCCCGACAGGGUAAGGUUGGUCCGGCACCCUCUACCGGAGAGCAGGCGCCCCGGAAAGCCCAGACCAGAAACGGAUGGACUCUGCCUCCGACCCACUACCAGCUCUUCACGUGGAUGCAUUACACAUACUUCCUAUUGGUCACCAUGGGCGUCUACAUCCCACUGCUGCCGUCUUUCUGGAGCCUGGUCUGCUAUAGUUUGAUUGGAGGUGAUUUUUUUCUUCACCUGGUGGCCUAUGUGGUCACGACUUCCAUCGACUGUGCGCACCCCGACAUACGAGCCAGGGGGUACAAGGAUGCUCUGCCCCGGGUGGAGAAGGGCCAAGGUGGUGGAUACGUCUGCUAUGCGUGCAACUUGGAAGUAGAUCCUGAUGACGACGUCAAGCACUGCAAUACGUGCAAUAAGUGUAUCAUCCUCUUUGACCACCACUGCAGGUGGCUAAACACCUGUGUGGCUCGCAGAAACUACUUACCUUUCUUCGUGACGGUGCUCAGUGGUGUAAUAUUGCUGCUGAUUAUCUUUGUGCUGGUGGUGUUUGUGUUCGUGGUGGUCUACACAGACCCGGAUCUGCUGAGGACGGCACCCCAAUAUCAAGGAUUGGAGCGCAGCAGGUGGCUGUUCUUCCUCCCCUUUUGGCCUGUAGAGGGCAGUAGAAUCACCCUGCUGGUGCUCAGUGGCUUCACAGUGGUGUUCUCAGCCAAUUUCCUCAUACGGCUCGCGAACCUCCUGAUAUUCCACAUCUACCUCAAUUGUAGAAACAUCACCACGUAUGAUUACAUCCUGGAGGAUAGAGCGAAGACCAAGCAGAAGAAAGAGGAGGAGGAGAGGAUGAAAGAGGAGGAGGAGAGGAAGAGAGAGAUGAAGCGGAAGGAUAGAGAGGAGAAACGCUUGGCAUUAAUGAAGGCACUUUCAGACUCAGUCCAAAAGAUUAGGGACAGGAAGAGUGUGGAGACUAUUUUUUUCCAGGAAUCCUCAUCAACCUCUCUUGACACCGUGGUAAACAUCCAUGAAGAACAGUCAGCAAUCACCAUGGACACAAUCCCCACAACCUCUCUUCACACCAUCGAUGAAGAACAGUCAGCAAUCACCGUGGACACAAUCCCCACAGACGCAGCCGUGGUUGCCAUGGACGUGCCAUAGACAUCCCCAUAAAAAAUACACAAAAGACCAAAAAAAAAAAAAAAACC